AUGCUCAUCGCCCAGGUUAAGAAGAAAAUCAAGGUUAUUUGCAUUAUUGACAAUAUCUCAUCUUAUGAGACAGAAGAAGCGGUGGGCGAUCUGAAGUGGUUGGUCUGUUAUCUACAAAUCUGGGUUAUACAGGCAAAUCAAACUUCGUCGAAGCCAAGGAUGAAGUUGUUAAUCACCGAUACGAACCAGACCACCCGGGUCUACCGGUAUUUUCAGCAAGAUGUUAUUCUGGACCUUGACAGGAGUGGUGAAUCGGGGGAGGAUUGGGAGGAUGACUCUGAUGGGGACAACUGGAUAGUAUAA